AUGGGCUUGUAUGCAGCUCCUUUUCCUGAUAAACAGGUUGUCCAACCUGUAAUCACUGAGGACAGCAAGUCUUGUUCCAGAAUGGGAUUCAACCACCCAGAGCUGGUAAAAAUGCUUUGUCCUGUGAAAUAUCUGGUUGACUACCUCGAGGAUCCAGCCAAAACAAAUAAGAAAAUCCAAAGUGGAUCACUGAAGGUGACUGCCACCUUAUGGCCCACCUACCUGUAUCCCGGGGAUAAACCAGGGCAAGACUUCGACCCUGAUGACAUCAUUGAAGGACUUUUCUGGGGGUAUCUUUUGGAGUGA